AGCACAGUGUUUUUUUUUAACGGGUGAAACAUUGGUUGGACCGCGGGUGUCAUUUGGCAUAGUUGUGAUCUACAUCCGUUGAGCAGAGCGCGUCUACUAAUUUAUUUAUCGUCAUAGUCGUGAAAUUGACUUGAUAUAUUUUGCCAUCAAACAUUAAUAAUGAGCUCAAUCAAUGUUAAAAAGCUCAAAGUUAACGAGCUGAAGGAUGAGCUGAAAAAGCGUAAUCUUUCGGACAAGGGGCUGAAGGCCGAGCUGAUGGACCGCCUGCAGGCCGCGCUGGACGAGGAGGCCCUUGCUGGAAACUCCCCACUGGACCAAGAAGCUGCACCCGACGAGGGAAUUGGUCAGGCCGCAGAUCAGGAGGGUAUGGGAGAAGAAGAAGAGGGCGAGGGCGAGGGCGAAGGCGAGGGCCAGACAGAAGAAAGCAUGGAGGCCAACGAGGAGGAGGAAGAGCCACAGAAGGAUGGCAGCGGUGAUGCCGUUGCCGAGGACGAAGAGAUGGGUGAGGGGGACGAGGACGACGAAAUGGACCCCAUGCUCAAGGGAGAUGUGGACGACAUGGAGAAAAUAGACGCAGAAGAUGGUGAGCCCGGGGACCAUGCUGCUGAGGGAGAUGCGGACAAAGACACGAAUGCUGAUCAGAAGAAUAAGAAGGGUGUUAAGAGACGCCGGGAGGAACAUGGAAGGGGCUACUUUGAAUUUAUUGAAGAGAACAAAUACAGCUGGGCCUCAUUUAAGUCUCCUGUGCCACCCCUGGAGGAAGAAGACGAGGAGUUUGAUGAUACAAAAGUCUGCCUGGAUACCUACAACUGCGACCUGCACUUCAAGGUGUCACGGGACCGUUACAGCGCCUCAUCCCUCACAAUGGAGAGUUUUGCUUACCUCUGGUCCGGAGGCAAGGCCACCUACGGUGUGAACAGUGGCAAAGCCUGCUUUGAGUUGAAGAUUACAGAGAAGAUUCCAGUGAAGCAUAUUUCCAGCAAGAACACGGAGAUCCAUGAUGUGCAGGUUGGCUGGUCGCUGUCUACUGGCACGCUGCUCCUGGGUGAGGAGGAGCAUUCAUAUGCCUAUUCUGGGAAAGGCAAGAAGACCACAAACUGUGUGACAGAAGACUUUGGAGAAACCUUUGAGGAGAAUGAUGUCAUCUGCUGCCUUAUUGACUUUGAGGGUGACGAAGUGGUGUUGUCAUUCUGCAAGAAUGGUGGGGAGCCUGCUGUCGCGUUCCAGGUCAGCAAGGACACGCUGAAUGGCCAGGCCCUCUUCCCACAUGUAAUCUGCCACAACUGUGCUGUGGAGUUCAACUUCGGUCAAAUGGAGACUCCGUAUUUCCCUCAGCCCCAGGACUACACCUUCCUGCAGCAGAUCCCCGUCAGUGAGCGAGUCCGGGGGCUCAAGGGGCCACAGACCAAGGCUGACUGUGAGAUCAUAGUGAUGGUGGGUCUGCCAGGCUCAGGGAAGACUACAUGGGUGAAGAACCAUGUCCAGGAGAACCCAGGGAAAUACUACAUCCUGGGCAGUGACACCAUUGUGGACAAAAUGAUGAUCAACAGCCUGAAACGCCAGUCAAAGGACAUUACAAAACUGACUGCCAUUUCCCAGCGAGCCCCACUCUUCUUGGGAAAGUUCAUUGAGAUUGCAGCCCGCAAGAAAAGGAACUACAUCCUGGAUCAUACUAAUCUGUCUGCUCCAGGCCAGAAGAGGAAGAUGUGUUUGUUUGCAGGGUUCCAGCGCAAGGCUGUGGUGGUCUGUCCCUCUGAUGAAGACUACAAGCAGAGAGUCCAGAAGAAGGUUGAAAGUGAUGGCAAAGAAGUGCCUGAGCAUGCUGUCCUCAAAAUGAAAGGCUUCUACUCUCUGCCUGAGGAGGGAGAGAGCUUCAGCGAGGUCAUCUAUGCAGAACUGCAGAAGGAGGAGGCUGCCAAGCUGCUGGAACAGUACAAAGAGGAAAGCAAGACCGCUCUGCCUGCUGAGAAGAAACCCAACCAGGGAAGCACAACACCAAAAAGAGGUGGUGGCGGCCUGCGUGGUGGUGGCCGGGGAGGCAAGAACCAGUUUGGCCGUGGUGGCGGACCUGGACAGAGAGGCAGUGGCCGGGGAGGCUUCCAGAACAGAGGCAACUUCAGAGGAGGUCCUGGACCCCGUGGCGGCUUCAACCGCCCACCUCGCGGCUUCCUACCUCCUCCUUCCUUCAGGGGAGGAUUUCCCAACCGUGGAAACUUCAACCGGGGUGGUGGCCAUAUUCCCAGCCUAGGCGGGUCCCCCAGGGGUGGACCAAUGAGGGGUAACAUGGGACCCAGAGGGGGACCCAUGAACAGAGGUGGCCCAGUUAACAGAGGGAACAUGAGCAGAGGAGGUGGAGCCAGUAUGAAUCGUGGUGGAAACAGGGGACAUCCCAACCAGUUUCAGAGAGGUGGUAACCGUGGCAACUUUGGCAAUAAGAAUGGCAACUUUGGCAACCACAGAAACAGUGGUAACUUUAGCUGGCAGCAAGGGUUCUGGAACCAGAAGCCGUGGAGCCAGCAAUAUCAGCCUGGAUAUUACUAAGACACUUGUUCUAACAGACUGAUGGCUGACAAUGAGACCCACCAUUAGCCACGGAACAUCCUUCCACCCCGCUGUUUGAGAACCCCCAAAUUAUUUACUUUUAAUAUUCUAAAACCCACCAAGUGACCAGCAAAGUCUAAAGUGAUAUGGAGCAACCACAUUCCACACCAGAGGAGACCAGGCAACCUGAGUGUAACUGAAAGUUUAUAUAUAUGUAGAUCUAUAUACACAUGUACAACGUGGGUUCAGUCUCAGUCAACUUUUGUUUUUGUUUUUUUGUUUUUGUAUAUUUCAUUAUCUUUGCACCACUUUUAAAUGACAUGGUUUUAAAAGGGGAAAAAAAAAACAUGUUUGUAAUAUCAGGAUCCAGAAACAUUUUGUCAGGCCUCCCCCUCCCCCCCCGAGUUGUGCAUUUUAUCUGUGCUGUGAUUUUGUUUUUGCUUUUUUUAUUGCAAAUUGUAAAUAUUUGUUUUUGCAUAGUGUGUAUGAGAAGUUUAAGAAAUAGUAAUGAUCUUGGCUUCUUAGCAAGAAGCAUGCUAGCUGACUAUACUGUAAGACUUUGUGUCCAUACAGUCCACUGUCAAUCAGUUAAACUGAAGCAGCAGGAAAAUUUCAACAAGUUUUUGUCUUUUGUUCCUACUAUCAAACCUGUAACCUAAACUCCAUAGACCUGCAAAUAAACAGCUUGUUGGCUUUUUUGCAUUCUU